AUGUAUAUAUAUUUUAAAGAUAUCGUAUAUUAUGUAACGCAGAUAAAUGGCGACACAGAUAAUGGACACUGUAUAUGGUAUGGGGAAUGCACGGACAAUCUUACUGGCAAACAAAACUGUGUGUACAAUGGUCCUGGCAAACCGCUGACAGACCCAAUGGCGUUGAGCCGACUUGAACAAUAUUGUCCUCAGUUGUACACAGGAAAUUCUUCCCUUACCUGUUGCAGUGCAUCUCAGCUGGUUACCAUGGAGACACAUAUGGCUGUGGCAAAGCAAUUACUCCAAGCAUGCCCUUCCUGCUACUACAACUUCCUCAAUAUAUUUUGUUUCCUGACAUGUAACCCUCAUCAUAGCACUUCUGUGGGGGUCAAAUCUCAAGCUCCUAAUGACAGAGGGGUCGCUACAGUCCUGUCAGUUGAUUAUGCCAUGACAACAACUUUUGCGAAUGGAAUGUAUAAUUCAUGUAAAGACGUUAUGAUACCCGGUAUUCAGGAACGUGCUAUCAGUGUCUUAUGUGGAAGAUCUGCGACUGACUGCAAUGCCACAGAAUUACUUAACUAUCUAGGAUCGUCAUCAAAUGGUCCAACACCAUUUGAAAUUGAUUUCCAUGUGCAGAAUACAUCAUGGUCAAGACCAGGAAAAUACAUACUAAAACCCAUGAAUACUAAGACAGUGCCAUGUGACAUGGAGUUUGGGAACUUGUCUGCCUGUUCAUAUAAGGACUGCCCAUCAGUAUCACCUCCUCUGACACCAACCCUGCCCAACAUAUCAGUUCUCUAUCCAUGGCCAGACUACAGGGUGGAACAGCUAAUUAUUACCCGACCUGACAACAAUACUAAAGUCAAACACGACUUCCCAGCUCCAGCUAUUGGACACAUUUCAUUCAGCAGCUUGUUUGACAGAACAUUUUUACACCUGUUGCUGGACCUACAGUUAAAGAUUCAGAAUAUCACAACAACUUAUAAAGGAAAGAUGAUAACACUAGAUGAUAUUUGUUAUCGUGUCAAGUCCUCUGAAAGCUGCGUCAUCAUCAGUAUGUUGGAAUAUUGGCAGAUGGACGUGACACGACUAGAUCAGGUCGUAAUGGAUUCGUUUGGAUUCUUCAUGUUAGCUGAUUACCUGGAUCACUUGCAGGCCUGUGUUCGUACACCUAAUGCAACGUUUGACCGCACAAAGUUAAACACUACAUGUCUUAGUACAAGCAGCGUUCCUAUAGACCCCUGGCUGGUAAUGCAGGAUGGUCUUGGAUACCCUGAAUCAGAGACUUUCGUUAUUUCAUUCAUCGUAAAGAAUUCUCAAGAUCCACAUGAGGUGGGAGCUGCUCACGCAUGGGAAAAGGCUUACACAAGUUUCCUAACCAACUUCUCCAGCCCAAAUAUGACCAUAAAGUUUUCAACUAAGAGACCUACAACAGCAGACCCAAUGCAAGUUCCAAAUACAGCUUUUCCCUAUUCGCCUGAGUCUGUCAAGCAAAUUGACAUUAAGAGACCUACAACAGCAGACCCAAUGCAAGUUCCAAAUACAGCUUUUCCCUAUUCGCCUGAGUCUGUCAAGCAAAGUGACAUUAAGAUCCUGUCUGCAGCUGCCACACCUCUCUCAGGUGUUAUCAAGGUGUUGACCUUCGCUCUCUUGGCUCUAUUUAUCGACAAGCUUUGA